AUGUCAGGCGGACGGCUCGAGUCGGGUGGUUUAUCGGACCGAGCAUCCGACCUGACAUACCGUCGAGCAUGUCGGGUCGGAACCCACACACCGUCCAAUAUGUUCGACAAGACGUUGGAUAGUGCAUUGCUAGCUCUAACUGCGUCCUCGGCUGUGCUAGCUACACCUGUGGACAAACCUACAUUUGAAGCAACUACGUCACCACAGAAGUCCUCAGACCACAAAUGUACGGGUGUCCUUGCUUGUCAGCUAACAGCAGAUCCUAGUGUUGCGAAGGAUGAACAGGCAAACCAACCCUUCAAGACUUCAACUCAGACAAGUCUUCAUCGCAUCCCUCUGGACAAAUCAGUCAACCAAAUCAUCCCUAAGGACUACCAAGGGACGGACAUAUUAGUAAAUCCUGAAGCAUCUACCCAUGAGGACCAAGAGAGAGUCCAGAGACAAAUCUUUCCUGACGCAGCAGGCCUCCUAGGAGGGGUGGUGAAGGAUGUCGUUGGCGGAGUGGCUGGACCACCACUGGGUUACCAUCGUGAACAAGAGUACCAUCUUCCACAAGGUGGCUUCAACCACGGAUAUAACCGCUUGCAUCAUGGUCAAGAUCACUUCCAUCAUGGCGAACAUCACUUUUUACCUGGUUUUCACCAUGAAGGCUACCAUCGCGGGCAAGAUGGAUUUUAUCACGGACAAGAUGGAUACCAACAUGGACAGGGUGGAUUUAUUAGGCCAAAUGGUGGGUCCCAACUCACACAAGGUGGAAAUGGUCAAGUGGGAUUUACUAGGCCAGAUGGUGGGUCCCAACUCACACAAGGGGGAAAUGGUCAAGUGGGUUUUCUGAACCAGAGGGAGGAGAUUCGACAAGAAUACUCAAUUGGAGCAGGUGGGUUCACCCAAAACGAAGAUCCAUUAAAAUCCUUCAUAAGAGGUCGGAGGCAUGCACACCCUGGAAAAUCGUUUCACCACGAUUCUCCUCAUGAGGAAUCGUUCCAUCACCCUUCACAUCCUGAAGAAUCUGUCGGUCAUCAUCUUCCCCAAGAAAAAGAAAAAGUACAUCACGUUUCUCCUGAUCAUGAAGAACAAUUCCACCAUCCUCCUCCUCAACAUGGAGACUCUUUCGGCCAUCAUCUUUCCCAUGAAAAAGAAGAGGCCCAUCACGUUUCUACUCACCAUGAAGAAUUGUCCCACCAUCAUCCUCCACAUCAUGAAGAAUCUUUUGGCCAUCAUCUUUCCCAUAAAAAAGAAGAGGCUCACCACGUAUCUACUCACAUUGAAGAACCCUUCCACCAUCCUCAUUCCCCCCAUCCUGAGGAAAUGUUCCAUCACCCUCCUACACAUCCUAAAGAACCAUUCCACCAUUCUUCACCUCAUCAUGAAAAGCCGGUGCACCACUCAGCUCCCCAUCUAGGAGAUCUCUCAAAUGCAUUUAUAAGACAUCGGAGGCAUGUAGAUUUUGAACCGAAACACCCUGUAGACCCAAUUCACCACUCCCCACCACAUCACGAAAUACUAAUUCACCAUUCUCCUCAACAUCAUGAAGAACCAUUCCACCAUCCAUCUUCCCACCACGAAGUACCAAUCCACCAUCCUCCACCACACCACGAAAUACCAAUCCACCAUCCUCCACCACACCACGAAAUACCAAUCCACCAUUCUCCACCACACCACGAAGUACCAAUCCACCAUCCUCCACCACACCACGAAAUACCAAUCCACCAUCCUCCACCACACCACGAAGUAUCAAUCCACCAUCCUCCACCACACCACGAAGUAUCAAUCCACCAUCCUCCACCACACCACGAAAUACCAAUCCACCAUCCCCCACCACACCAUGAGAUACCACUCCACCAUCCUCUCAAGAAUCAUGUAGAGCUGACCCACCAUGUCCCUCCUCAUCAUAUAUAAACAUUCUGAAAUUUCUCUGCAGGCAUUUUAUAAAUAGUGUUACUCUUAUAUAAUUUUGGCAAAUGGCUGUUGUUGAAAAUUAGUAAACAAGCCUAUCAUUUGUUGGAGUGGUUAUUAAUUUGCCAAUACUUAGUUUGAGUGGUUUUUAAUUUAUCGAUUUUUAUAUUCAUGAACUUUGUAAUAAACAUUCUUACUAA